CACAUUCAUGAUUCGAAAUAAAACUCGUGAAACACGCGGCCAGCGCAAGUAAGACAAACGUAGCAGUUGAAGUUGACAGUCAAUGAGCUAGAAAAUUAGCGAAAAUCUUUAUUUUAUUUUCUUCGAAUUUCUUCGAAUUCUCGUGGCGAGAUAUACCAAUAGAACACAAACGCUUACACAUCCAUACACACAAGAGUGGACUGCUGUGGUUUAUUGAAAAUAAAUAAAAUAAAAAUAAGUAAAUAAAUAAAAAAUAAAAAAUUUAUUUGACUAAAUGUACAAAAUCAUUGUGGCCUGAGACGGCAACGAAUGUGGAGGAUAUACAUACAUAUGUACAUACUUACAUACUUACAUACUACAUAUUAAGCUCAACGCUAUCUCCAGUGGUCGGUCAUUUACUUGAGAUUCUGUAGAAUUAUUGCAGAAGUUUCCAAGUGCAAGCAGUUGAUAAAACCGUAAAAACAAAACGAGCGGAAAAUUAGUGGAAUUUAAAACAAUCAACAGUCAUAUCGACCAACGAAUUUUUUUUCGAAAUUUCUCAACGCGCUGUGACUCGUCGUUGAACUGAACAGAGAGCAGCCAAAUGUUGUGUGACCAACAUAAAAAAAAAAUUAAUUAAUUAAAAUCAAAUGAAAUAAAAAAACCAAAAUAAUCAUAAUAAAAAUAAAGAAAUAUUAUCAAAUAAAUAAAAUAAAUUAAAAUAAAUAGAAAAGAAGUAAAAAAAAACACUUCAUUGCGAUAUUUGCACGAAAUCGAGCCAUCUGCUGCUCGUCACAACGCACCACCGUCCAUCCCGCUUGCUGCUUGCUCAUAUCAACUCUCCGCCAUUCAAACCGCUGCGGCGGCGCUCUAUCUAUGCACAACAACAAAAUCAGAAAAUUCAGACUAAUCUGUCUAUUGGCUCAUCGAUAUUCUUGGUGAAACGCGGUGGUAUAAAAUCACUGCGCUUGAGCAUUUGGCUUUCACAAAAUAAUAAAAGAACUCGCAAGCAACAAGCCAGAGCAGUGAUUCGGCAGCCAGUCAAGAAAAAAGCCAAAGGAGCAAAAAUUGAAAUCGAAAAUAAAAACCAUUUUAACGGUGUUUAGUUAAAAAUUAAGUGAACUUUUUUUCUUCAAAUUAAUGGAAAUCCAUUUCGCUUGGCCGUAUAAAUUAAUAUUGGCACAAAUUAAAUAUCUCAAAUUGCCAGCAACGCGCGCUCAAUACGCCGAGUGACGAGAAACCCUAAAAAAAAAACAAACAGAAAAAAAGCCAGUUUAAUUGAAAUUGUGCAUUGUGUGCCGUUACAAUAAAAAACGUGAAAAAAAUCACUUGGAGUUUGCUUAAACUGUGGAGAAUCAGCUUACGAUAGUGUGGAAUUGUGUUCCUAACCAACCUGGAAAACUAGAAAAGGCAGUAUUUUAGUUUUUAUUUAUUAAAGCGAAAAGUGUAAGCAACACUUUCAUUUAUUGAAGAAAAAAAUUUGUACGCCAUGAAAUCGCAGAUUGUGUUGAGUUUGGUGUGUCUGCUGUGUUGGGCCGUAGGCUCGAAUGGUCGUCCACGCGACAUCUGCUUGGUGCAGCCGUCCAUCAAUGGCCUAUGCGUUUCAUCCACCCUGGGUAUUGUCUAUGAUUCGGAAACGCAACGUUGCAAAUAUAUGGGUUGCAGCACUGAAAAGAAACUGUUUGCAACACUUGAGGAUUGUGAGAAAAUUUGUAAUAAUUCACGGCAUCGUCGUUUACGUAGUAAAUACAAUAACAAAACGAACAAUAUUAACAGAGAAGAAUGAGUAAUUAUUAAAUUGAAAUAAAAUAAAAUAAUUAAAAUAAAA